GUUAUCCUGUGUGAUGCAUGAUUUUGUGUGUAAAAGAUGCUUACUACAUGUCUGAAAUGCAGAAUGCCUCGAACAAACGAAGCAAGACCGUCAUUAUAUUCAACGUUGCGUACAACUAAUGAUGCCAUACAAGCGGCAGCAUCAAUGCUCCGCUUUGUUGAUGACACUGCUACUCGCACGGUUCAGCCUGGGCAAGGAAUACGAGGAGAACAUGGAGUCAUUGCUAGCGGACGGGUCAUACCUAUGCUUUCUGUAGAACUAGAUGGUCCUCAUACUCCUUCAAGUUCCCGCGCUGAUUCUACUACUACCAGCCCUUUACCGUCGGCUUCACCUCCUCGCACCUCUCCCAGGCCGCCAACACCGGUCCGUCGUAUCUUGCGACGUAAGAUCGGUGUACUGCAAAGUCAGCGAGCAGCGAAGAGAACUGAUGCUGGACGAGAUGAUCGAACGGAAGUGAUUACCAGAUUACUUAACGAGGAAACCGCUAUUCAAAGCGAUGCCCCACCCGGAUGCUACGCCUCUCCUAAGGCUGAUGACCUUUUCCUGUGGACAGUGGUGAUAGAAGGUCCACCCGGAAGUGUUUAUGAAGGUGGCACAUUCUUUUGCAAUAUUCAUGUCUCGCUAAGCUACCCGAUCACACCACCUAAGGUCGAAUUUCUGACGAGAAUAUAUCACUGCAAUGUCAACGCUCAAGGAGAGGUCUGCAUAGAUGUUCUAAACGAUAAUUGGAAGCCUACAAUGUCAAUUCGAACAGUAUUAAUAGCCCUCAGAUCACUAAUGUUUAGCUGCAAUCCAGAUGAAGCUCUUGUUCCUUCCAUCGCCAAACUCUAUAGAGAGAAUCGGAGCGAAUUUGACAAAAUGGCUCGUAUUUGGACUCAGCGCUAUGCGGUCUGAGCAAUAGAUAAGUAUAUUUUCGUUGCAGAGUGUGUAGAGCUCUGCAUUAGAUUUCUGUAUAGGGUUAGGGAAUAUAUCGUCAAAUUAGUUGUUUAUGUUGCAUGAUCAAUUUAAAGGCUGCUGCAUGACGAAGGCGCAAUACCUUUGGGUGCGAUCGCGGCUAUAUUAGCCGCAGAGCGCAUGAGGCGCAGGAUUUACAACGGUGAGAAUACGCGCGCGCCGCGUUCGCGCCCGCUCAACUAAUACUUCUUCUGCGCCUUCGUCAUGCAUCAGCCUUUAUCUUGCCAAAUUCAAAAAUUGGAGAAGCUGACACUCAUUACUCCAAUCAGAACACUAUGAGCCUCAUAACAUUCCUUUCGUUUUAUGUGUCUGUUUAUGCUGAUGUAGGGAUGCAGGUAAUCGGUCAUUCAUUGUUAUGUUUCAAAUGCUUAUUCAUUCUACAUUAGCUUCCACAACUUUACCUUCAUCGCGCUUGAACCCUCAAGACCUAAUAGCAGAAAUCAAAAAUUUUUGUAUAGGCGUGGUUUUUGCACAAGCACGUCAGCUAUCUCAUUCUUUCUUAUUUCUCAUUUUGACAUUGCAAAGACAGACU